CAGCUAGGCAGGAGGCAGCUGCUGUUUCCUAUACUACUACGCUGCAGCAGGCAGCGUUAGCAGCAACAAUCACAGCCUACCUGGGGUAGAAAGGGAGACGGGCAGGAUGCCAUUGUGGAGAAGUGGCUCCCGGGCCAGGCAGCAAGGCUCAGAAAAAGCCAAUGGACCACCCACGCCCAAGGCCAGGAGCCCCAGUCCCUCCGAGAUGAACGGUAAGCCCUGGGCCAGGCCAAGCUACCAGGACCAAGCUGCAGCGGAACACACACAGGACAAAUGUACAGCGUCCCACCAGGAACCACAACAACAGCACCCUGACAAACUGUGUCUGGACUCCUUCUGGAGUGAGGUGGAGACCAUACGCAGCCAAGAUAGCGGUUACAUUGACCUUGACACUGACAGCGCCAGUCGAGACUCCAGACACUCUGAAGAGGGGGAGCAAGAGGAGCAGUGGCUCCAGGAUGCAGGUCUGUCCACUCUGAUAAGACAGCAGCAGCAGAGACCAGACAGAGACAGAGACCGGGAACAGGACAGGGAAGACCAGGAUGUUGACCAGGCCAUCCUACUGUCCACUCUGACCCGUACGCAGGCCGCAGCCGUCCAGAGGAGGCUCGAUUCCUACACCCUGUCCCUGAGGAAGAGGAACAAGCCCCCGCCGCGCGACGUCAGGGAUGUCUUUAGGUCAUCACCCUCCUCCAUCGCUCAGACGCCUCUACCAGAGUCUCAAGACCCUGAGCCUAUAGAACCUAGCGCAUCUAUAUCAUCUAUACCAGAGGACAGCAUGGAGACUAUCACCAAGACCCUACUACAAGAGGUCAGCUUGGAGCAGCAGCAUGGAGAAGAUCCUAAAGAGGAUACCUUCAUCACAGACGUGGCGUACUGUGAACAGGCGGCCAUCUUGUUGAAACAGGCCAUGCUUCCACAGAUACAGAACAACGGCCGGAAGAGGAAGGAGGACGGAACACUGCCUAGGAUGACCUGCCCUCAGUGUCGUCUGGGUGUGACUCGUAUCCAGGACCUGUCCAAUCAGGACAUGAAGAAAGUUCGUCAGCUGGCCCUCAUCGAAAUGACAGCGCUCUGCGACCUGCUGGAGCUCGACGUGAAGAGACACAAAACCUACAAGAGGAAGAUACGAGAGAGUGCCCUGUAUGGGGUUCCCCUGGCCACGCUGUUGGAGAAUGAUCAGAAAGUCAGGCCCACGGCCACCACUCCUCUCAUCCUGCAGGCGCUGCUCUCUUUCCUGGAGAAGCGAGGAGUCGACUCAGAAGGCAUUCUGCGGGUUCCAGGCUCUCAGUCCAGAAUCAAGAAGUUGCAGCAGGAUCUGGAGCAGAACUUCUACAGUGGAGGAUUCAGUUGGGAAGAGGUCAGCUCUAACGACGCUGCAGCGUUGGUGAAGAAGUUUAUUAGAGAGCUGCCUUCUCCACUGCUCACCACAGAGCUCCUCAACACAUUCAGCGCUGUCAGGGACAUCCCUGAGCUGAAACAGAAGCUACAUGUUCUGAACCUUCUCAUUCUUCUACUGCCUGAACCUAACAGAAACACACUAAAGGCUCUGUUGGAGUUCCUGAGUAAGGUGGUGUCCAGAGAGAGGAGGAACCGCAUGAACCUGUGGGCCGUGUCCACCAUCAUGGCCCCUAACCUGUUCCUCCACAAAGCUGUGCCCUCCCGCCUCACUGACGGGGGGCCAGGAGUGGAGAAGGGACAGGCUGAGAAGGCUGCUGACAUCAUGAGGCUCCUCAUACGCUACCAGGACUUGCUCUGGACCAUCCCGAACUUCCUGAUGAGCCAGGUGCGAAAACUGAAUGAGAACCGGAACCGGAGGUACCAGUUCUACGACCGACGCAUCAAGAACCUGCUGAGGAAAAUACACCAGGACAGCAAGGACAAACCUGACAAGAACUCAUCAGAGCCGUGUCGUACAGUGAAGAUCCAGGUGGGAGAUCUGAUGAGCAGCACCAUGGAGGUGCAGGUUAACAUCAGCUCUACGGCUUCAGACCUGCUGGCUCAGUUCCACAGGCACCUCUGCAGCUCCGACAACACCAAGAGGAACGGUUCGGUAUCCCACCCGGACUGUGCCAUGUAUGAAGUGGGAGGAAAUAUCGGUGAACACUGCCUAGACCCAGAGACCCAUCUCCUGGACCUGUACAACACCAACCCCAGUGGGGAGUGGGUCAUCAAACUGAAACCACUGGUCACCGCCAGGGGGCUGCACCAAUAAGAGACAGCCGCAGGCAAAGGGAGAGACCAGUAGGGAUCUUCAAGAGCCAGCCAGAGGAGGAGGGAGACCAGGAGGAGGAAGCUGCUGCUGCUGUUAAAAAACAAACCACCUCAAAACUGAGCCCUCUCUCCCCCUUUCCUCUGCUCAAUGCAGGGGAGACCAGACUAGGAGGUGCAAAGCAGAGAGAGAGACAGAGAGGGAGAGCUACUGCUCAAAAACACUCCACCUCCACACCUUCAAAUGGAAGAGAGUCUGAGGCUGCUUCUUGGCUUGUCAGCUCUCAGCCAAUCACCUCCCAGCACCCGCAGGAACCCAGAUGGGGAUCUGAUGCACUGCUGCUUACAACAGCAGCCACAGAGUCUCUCUCACUCCCUCUCUCUCACUCUCUCUCUUUCUUUUUUCUAGCUCUCCAUUCCUUCUUCUCGGACAUUUGAUCACAAAAGGAAUGGGAGUGGAACAUGUACAGUAUAUCUGUUUUCCUUUUUUUUCCUCUUUCACAGGGGGACAGUCAGAGACUCUAAUGAGCUGAUAGCCCUAUGUCCUGUCCCUUGUGUAUGACUUUGGCUCUGUUCUUUCUGGGGCCUUUGGGCCCUGUCCCUGUAGACUCUCAAUAGGAGCCCUAAUCAGAGCAGAGGACAGAGAUCCUUCUUCUCUUUUAAGGGAUCAAAGGUCAGCCUUUAAGACAUUACUACUGAACCUCUAAAGGGAACUGUUGUUUAAUAACAGAGAGUGAAGCUGGACUUCGUUUCUGUUUUCUCAUUUUUGUUUUUGAUGAAUGAAGGAUUUUAAGUAUUGAAUCUGGCGAUGGAUUGAUUGACUAUUUAUAAUUGAUUGGAUGUGUCUAUCUGUAUGUACGUGUAUGUAGUCAUGAAUGUCCUUUGAAAUGAAUAGGUAUGUUUGUUGCUGAAAUAGUUAAUAACAUAAGUCAUGUUAGCUCAUCCAGUCUUUUGGGGGGCUUUUACAGUGUUCUUGCUCUUAUACAGUACCUUUGUUGAUGAGUUGUAUUUUGAUCCACCUCUGCAUCCCUCCUUUUCUAUUUCUAUUACCCAUUUGUCAUCCGUUCCUCUUUAAAAUACAUUUCAUACAGUUCCAGUCAAAAGUUUGAACACACCUACUCAAGUGUUAAACAAAUCA